AUGGCCGAGGGCGAGGGCGCUGGCGGAGUCCAGGGCGACCUGGAAAAGGAACUGACGUGCUCGAUCUGUACCGACGUGCUCUACCAGCCGCUCACACUGCUCGACUGCCUGCACACCUUCUGCGGCGCCUGUCUGAAGGAGUGGUUCGCCUUCCAAGCCUCGACCGCCACGUCGAUACACCCGUACACCUGCCCCUCGUGCCGGGCCUCGGUGCGCACCACACAGCCCAAUGCCACCGUCACCACGCUGCUCGACAUCUUCCUCAAGGCGAACCCCCAGAGCGGCAAAAGCGCCCAAGAGAAGCAGGCGGACCGCGACAGAUACCGGCCAGGCGACAAUGUGCUACCCAAGCUCAGGCGCCGGGAUGAGCGCGAUGACACCCAUCAGCGCAUGCUCGAGGCAGCUCAGCAGCCGAGUCUGAGGGACGCGGGCAUCGCAAGCAGCAGGAGGGCCAGCCGGGAGCCUCGGAGAGAGCGCACAACAAGGGAGCGAAGCCGCAACGGGAGCCGCGAAUCCCGCAGGGCGCGCGAUCAAAGGCGGUCUGCCAGCCAAAACCCGCCCGGCGCAUCCCCGUCCAGGGCCGUCAUACCGCCCCGCGCCAUCGAGCACCAGUCCAGCCUGCGCUCUCUGCUGAGCGCCUCGGACCUCGACGCAGAAGACGUCGACGAAGAUCUCGUGCGCCAGGUGCUGGAGGAGCUGGUGUCCGAGGGCGUCGACCUGAACCAGAUUGGCACUGCGCAGGAAGACGAGAUCACCGAGAGGAUAGCCGAGGCUGUGCGACGGCGGCAGGCAGAGCGACAUGCCGAAAGACAGCGCGAGAGGAGGGAGAGGCGGGAGCGUCUGGACGACGAAGCUGCGCGCAGGAGAAGGCAUGGACGUUCCGAGAGUGGCGCAUCGACGCCCCAGACGGCAGUAGGACCCCCCAUAUCCAGACCUGCUCUCAUCGACGCCGCAAAUCGAGGCGGGCGGGCACCGCGCCAGCGAUCGUCAAGCCAGGGCAGCUCUCGAUCCGCCACGAGGGUAGAGCGCCCUGCACCUGGCUCGGCUCCUGCAAAUCCGGCGUCCGGCGACUGUCAUUCAUCAUCGGAACUCGCUCGUCCAAGGCCACGGCGACAGUCCGAAAAUCAGCAGAGAAAUAGGCUCGACGUUCGAGAGCAGUUCCGCAUCAGUCUCCACGCCAGCAACAACAAUAACAACAAUGAGACAGUGUCAAGUCCUAGCUCGCCCCAGAGCCUCGGCUUCGAUCUGCCCAACAGCGGCAGUCCAACGACUUCUCUAGCUACAGUUGGCACUCCAGCUGUGCCCUUGUCUUCCUCUACUCCUGCCGUCACGCCUUUCCAGCCUCCUUCGGCUCGCCGUACUACCGACCCUACCACAGCCGAACUGCCACGCUCUUCUCACAGUACUACUCCCCCCUCGCUAUCGCCUCCUGCUUUCCCUCGCUCCACCCCCGAUCCGACCGUGAGCGAGACUCGAUCGAGACAAGCUUCAAGCUCAUCACUAGGUACUCCUGUCCUAUAUACAGAGCCCCAUGUGGCAUGCCAACGCUGUGGUAAAAACGACAUACAGUACGAGCUUCACUACAAUUGUCGACGCUGCGAUGGUGGCGAGUACAACGUGUGUCUUCGCUGCUAUCGUCUUGGCAGAGGAUGCAAGCAUUGGUACGGCUUUGGUUGGACUGCUUGGCCCCGGUAUGAGCGCGAAGCACCAGAGGGUGGUUAUCCGCCCUAUCACGAGCAUCCCCAUAUCCUGGUCGGGCACCGAUAUCGCAGACCCAUGACGCCCUUGACGGAAUCCACGACACCACCACAUGUGCUCAUGAGCGAGGAUGACCCCAAGCAGAGGGUAGAAAUUGGCGUCUUCUGCGAUAUGUGCAAGGCAUACGCCAACGCCUGCUACUGGAAAUGUGACUAUUGCAACGACGGCGACUGGGGCUAUUGCAAUGAUUGCGUUAAUCAGGGGCAUCACUGUACGCAUCCUCUUGUUCCCGUUGCCCGCAAGACAAGAGACUCGCAGUCUGCUACUGACACAGUUCCCUCCGCGCCCUCUACGCCACGUCAGGAUGGACAUCUUGCUCCCCCAGACCUCGACGCAACACCCACAACCCCUCCGUUGACACCGAAAUCCGCGUCUCUUAUGCGAGGGCCAGGGUACUUUACCAUUGCGAAUUUCAUCUUCCGCCCUCUCACCUUUACAACCUUGUGUAACAUAUGCAGUUACCCUAUCCCACCAUCAAACACACGCUAUCACUGCCUCAAGUGUAACACUGGCGACUACGACAUUUGCAUGAGCUGCUACCACAAACUCGUCAUCAGCGGUCGCAUCACCAAAGAAGACGGCGUAAACGGAUGGCGCAAGUGCCUCCGCAGCCAUCGCAUGUACAUUGUAGGAUUCGAAGACCGUGACGGCGCACAACGGCGCAUGGUUGUCCGCGAUCUAGUAGGCGGCUACGCACUGAAAGAAGAAGACGAAAUGGCCAGAGUACAGCGGUACCCACCAGAUGGCGGUAUAGGCUUGAGAUUACUGGCUAGAUGGGGCUAUCUGCCGGAUGAAGGAGUAGAAGAUGAAUUAUCCUUUCCUAGAGGAGCAGAGAUAAGGGAAGCAGCUGAUAUCAAUGGAGACUGGUAUUGGGGUGUUUACUGUGGUGUUGGAAAACUGUUUCCUGCAAACCAUGUCACAUCUGUCUAA